GGUGCUCUCAGAACCGUCUUGAAGUCAUUGCAGUUUCGCUUGCACAGAACGCAGCACACCGCGCUUGGUGGUUUUCUCGAAAACGGUUUGACACAACCAAACCAACCCGCAACCAAAGUCGCGAGGGUCGCUCAGUAAAAAUAGCCCACCCAACGCACCCAACCUGUUCCCCGCCCCGACCUCCCACCCCUGAAAUCAACAGCAGUCACAAAAUCCCGGGCUAAUAGCUGCCGAACUCACCACACGAAUUCGCGUUUUCGGCAUUUUCACAGCCGUGUGUGUGUGCGCGCGUUUGUGUGAGUGUGCGAGUGUGUGUGUGUGCGCGCGCGCCUGUCUCUGUGUGUGUGUGUGUGUGUGCCCGGAUCCUUUUGGCGUGCGUCGUGUGGGUCGAUCCACCAGCGGCGCCCCCUGUAGGGUUCGCCGCCUGCUCUCGGAUUGCUGCUGUACGUGUGCGCGCGCUCGCGUGGUGUCCAGGGGGGCAGUACCUAGAGCAGAACCCCACCCCACCCCUACACCCGUUCAACCAUCAACCUGAUGCUGCCGCCGUACCGUGCGUGCGUGCGUGCGCCUGUCAUCCGCCUGUCAAUGGCCGCAAACAAUUCGCGGUCGACGACCACCUGGUGAGCUGCGCGCGUGCAGAAAACAGGGAGUGGUGCAGCUGCGGGCGCCGUUGAUUUGUUCGGGAAGCGGCACGGAAAACCACGAACGUGCUAACAAAGCAAAGCGAAACAGGAAGAAAACCCCAGCGUUCAGUGUGAUUUAGAUUCGGCAGUGGAAGUAAAACCGACCCACCGGCAACUAGCAGCCCCCAUUCUCGAGGCCAAUUGAGGUGCGCGAACGUGGCAAUAGGUGUGCUAGCAGAGCGACGCCAGGUUGACAGCUAUAACAGUAUCAUGUUUGGCAAGGUGCUACAGCAGCAGGAACGCUCAGCAUCCAAGACCGGACAACUCACGAUUCAGCAAUCACGCCGCAGCGCGCGACUCAUGCGUCAGUGAGGAGUCACCGUCACAACAGCGCCACACGAUCCAAUCAAUCAACAGCUCAGUAUCAAACUGCGCGAAUUCAAGCGACCACCCCACAAGGCAGGGGAGGAAAGCAAUAGAGCAAAAAAGGGGUGGGUAGUUAAGGGAACGAGUGAGGCUAGAUUUGUUAAGGUUGCCCGAAGGCAACAAUAAGAGGUGCUACGGUGUGCGGGUGAAGCCCUACACGUUCACGCAGGUCAACAGUCUGUGCUCUGGACGGUGUUAGAGAUAUCCCAGUAAACGGGUGUUACGUACGGUGUGUGUACGGUUAAGCGUAUUGUAAAAGGAACUCUGCCUGCUGCGUAGUGUGUCGUCCAUUUGCCGGGGAAUUACCCACUGGGCUAUUUCGCUUCCCACUCGCUACAGUGCGGUGGUACAGUGCGUGUUUGUUUGUAUGUGUACGAGAUAAAAAGGGAGAAGGAGAGAAAGAGAGAGAGAGAGAGAGAUAGAAAGAGAAAAAAAGGAAAGAGAGCGAGAGAGAGAGAGAGAAAGCGAGAAGAUAACGAGAUAACGAGAGUAAAACAGUGAGUGAGAGCAAUCGAUCGUACGGUUGAUAUCGUCCAAUCCGCACCACCACUCGUCUCCCCCCACCAUCACCUACAACCCAGUGAUCAACAUGGCGGCCCAGCCAGCGUGCACACGCUUCUCCGACAACUACGAGCUGAAGGAGGAGCUCGGCAAGGGCGCCUUCUCGAUCGUGAAGCGGUGCGUGCAGAAGUCGACCGGGUUCGAGUUUGCGGCGAAGAUCAUCAACACGAAGAAGCUGACGUCGCGCGACUUCCAGAAGCUCGAGCGGGAGGCCCGGAUAUGCAGGAAGCUACAGCAUCCGAACAUCGUGCGCUUGCACGACAGCAUCCAGGAGGAGAACUUCCACUACCUAGUGUUCGAUCUCGUGACCGGGGGCGAGCUGUUCGAGGACAUCGUCGCGCGCGAGUUCUACUCGGAGGCGGACGCGUCCCACUGCAUACAGCAGAUCCUAGAGUCGGUGAACCACUGCCAUCAGAACGGUGUCGUCCAUCGGGACCUGAAGCCGGAGAACCUGUUGCUGGCGAGCAAGGCGAAGGGUGCGGCAGUGAAGCUGGCCGACUUCGGGCUGGCGAUCGAGGUGCAGGGCGACCAGCAGGCGUGGUUCGGGUUCGCCGGCACGCCCGGCUACCUCUCGCCGGAGGUGCUGAAAAAGGAGCCGUACGGGAAGGCGGUCGACAUCUGGGCGUGUGGCGUCAUCCUGUACAUCCUGCUCGUCGGCUACCCGCCGUUCUGGGACGAGGAUCAGCACCGGCUAUACGUGCAGAUUAAGGCGGGCACGUACGACUACCCGUCGCCGGAAUGGGACACGGUGACGCCCGAGGCGAAAAGCCUGAUCAACCAGAUGUUAACAGUGAACCCGUACAAGCGCAUCUCGGCCGCCGAUGCCCUGAAGCACCCGUGGAUCUGCCAGCGCGAGCGCGUCGCCUCGGUCGUCCACCGACAGGAGACGGUCGACUGCUUGAAGAAGUUCAACGCACGCCGCAAGCUGAAGGGUGCGAUCCUCACCACCAUGCUGGCGACCCGCAACUUCUCCAGCAAGAGCAUGAUCGCAAAGAAGGGCGACGGCUCGCAGGUGAAGGAGUCGACCGACUCCUCCAGCACCACGGUCGAGGACGAUGACUGUAAGGCGCGCCGGCAGGAGAUCAUCAAGAUUACCGAACAGCUGAUCGAAGCAAUAAACAACGGCGACUACGAGACGUACACGAAGAUCUGCGACCCGCACCUGACCUCGUUCGAGCCGGAAGCGCUCGGCAACCUGAUCGAGGGCAUGGACUUCCACAAGUUCAACUUCGAGAACGUGCUCGGCAAGAGCAACAAGGCGAUCAACACCACCAUCCUGAAUCCGCACGUGCACAUCUUCGGCGAGGACACCGCCUGCAUCGCGUACGUCCGGCUGACGCAGUACAUCGACAAGCAGGGCCACCCGCACACGGUCCAGACGGAGGAGACGAGGGUGUGGCAUAAAAAGGACAACAAGUGGCAGAACGUCCACUUUCACGGCAGCCGCAACGGCAGCUUUAGCAACACCGCGACGCAAUACGACUUUGUCAACCACAAGUAGAGCGGCCAUCGACGGUGGUAGUUCGAGCCGGUGGUACUCUGCGGCAAGGGGGUGUGGUACGGCAGCGGCAGCGUACAGCAGUUACUGCAACCAUUACUAUUACUACUACUACUGAUACUACUGCUACUACUACUGCUACUACUAUUACUUACAACUACUACAAACCAAACACUUUUUCGCUUGUAAGAUUGAAGCAAUCCACGACGUCGACGACGAAGGAGGUGGAUAGAGGGGAGGGCGAGGGAGAGGGAGAGAAUGGAGAGGAAUCACAGCAAAUGUCACGGAGCGAGGAAGAAGGGAAGGGAACGCAAACGGAGGGCGAAGGCGAACCAAAUCACGAGUUGGCAGUAUCGCCACGGUGAAAAAUGAAGUAAUCAGAUGAAAUCGCAAAAUCGUAUAUUUAUUGAGGAACUUCAAAUUUUCUGCCUCAUACCUUUUCUCUUUUUGAUGCACCACAAAACAACCAACACACGUGAAAACAAAAAAAUGAUGGCAAGGCAAACACAAAAAAAAAAACAAAUAAACAAGUUAAAAAUGCUCCAAAAAAAAAAAAAACAAAGAAACAAACACAGAAAACACCAUCACACGUACACACUCCUUUUUCCAUUUGCACUUUGCUCUUCUUAAAUACUUCUUUCCCUCCAACGACCAAUGCAACUCCUUUCGCUCCUCCGCCCCAUCUCCCCAAUCCACCCGCCCACUACUGCUCUCCAGCUCUACUACACUCAUCUCGCUUUCUUCCAUCGUCCUUUUGCACCAUUUGAACAUUUUAAAAACAUAUACAAACACACACACACACACAUACACACAUGUACGCACAUUUACAUUCUUCUUAAGGUUAAGAGAUGGGCAACCUAAUGGAGCCGCGCGCCAAAUUUGAAAUUGAACUGUAUUUCGCGAUCGCACGAUUAUCGCUAAAGAGCUUUGGGGGAGUGCCGAAGGAGAAUGCUGGGCUAGCAAGGGGUUGCUAACCUUGAUGAUGUUCCGAUGCAACACGGUUUUUUGGAAAGUAUGGCCAUUGAUUGUUGUUUCUUUGACUGAAUGUUUAAAUAUGAUGCUUGCCAAACAUAAACAUGAAACUAUCUUGCCAUUCAACUAAAGAAGAGUUUGUUUGUUUUUUUUUUUUAAUGUUUAAUUUCAACGUUAUUUAAUAUGUUAAAUGGAAUGAAAUGGGCAGUAUAUCCGACUCUGAUGCGCUGGUGCGAGAUGGUUCACGCAUCCAGUGUGUAGGGCAUUGUAUUUUUUUUUUUUUUUUUACAAAACCGCCGGUUUUACAGCCCACCUUGUAUUUAGCUAGCAGCAAAGAAACCGACAGCUUCGUCAUUUUCAAAUUUGUUUCCGCGGGCCAGAGGUUGUUUGCGUUCUUCGAAAAUGUGUACUAGAAACAUACAUGCAAGCCAUUGAAGAGGCACAGCGGCAAGAUAAAUCAUUAUCUUACAAUUCUAACAGGCAGCCAUAAGCAGAUUGUGGUGCAACUUCAUUAUGCAACGAUACAGGGUUUUCCAGUGGUUCUCAUAGCUUUGGGACACUUCCAAGACUCUUUCCCAUUGGAAGUGAACUUCAUACGUUGGAAAUUGAACUCUAUGGCACCCUUUUGGAAAUUCCUAUUGGAUUUGUCUAACAAGUGUGGAAUAGAAUCCAAUUAUCGUUACAAUAAGUUCAUUUCAUGUAAGAAAGAGUCAGUAAAGUGUCUCACAGCUAUGAGAACUCCUGGAAAAUCAUGUAAAAACAAGCUGCAAGCGUGCAACAGCGGAAAACCAGAGCAAACGGGAGUGUGGAUGGGGACGGAUUCAAUGCACAGGCAAAACAACUUUUACUGUAGUGCACACGAACAUAACGUCUCUUCAAACUGCCGUUUUUAACGUGAACCAGGCAAACGUUACUUACACGUUUACUCCCGCCUCGAGAACGGCCACACAGUGGACGAGAUGAACAAGUGCGAUGUUGUUGGUGGUUUUUUUGUUCUCGUCCAGUUUAUUAUUAUUGUUGUUAUUCAAUGUUGUGCGAUUCAUGCGUGAGAUAGGCACAGGGACAAGCGAGCAAGGGCAGUGGAAGAUUGGAAGGAUGUAGACGAGAAGCGCGUUCACUCUUGCGUCGGCAUGGAUCCUCCGUAGCUCUGUCCGUAUAUUCAUAGCUGCUCAAUUUUAGUGCACUCCAGCCUAGCAAUCAACACCCAUACACACAUGUCUGCGGGUGAAAAAAAGAACGGAAAACCCAACACAAACUUGAGGAACAGAACAGAACCAUAGUGCAAAAAAAAAAAAAAACAGAAAUAGUAGUAGUACGAACCGAAAGUAACAACAUACACGAACACACACACAGACACAUGCUCGCGCGUAUCCGUACGAGGAGCAAGCGUAACGAGAACAAACAACACAAACUCUGGUAACGGUUAGGACCAUUUCUUGCCGACCAUUUAGCAUUUUAAUCGUGUGUCCCACUUUUACACCGUUAGCAUUUUCCGGGACAAAAACAAAAAAAAAUGAGGAGGGAAAUGUUUGCGUUGUGCAUUUACGUGUUUGUGAGUGCAUGUGUUGCACGAGUUUUUCGAAAGGGAAAGGGAGUGUUUGGAUUUUUCCUACAGGAUUGCGUCCCACUCGGACGGGAAGGAAUACAAAUAUAAGCUCAUCCAAUAUGCGACGGUAAAGUAGUAUGCAACAAAGCACGCUGAUAGUGAAAAACAAAGAACAAAACAAAACAAAAUCUCCUACACCCUCAUUUCACACACACAGACAUACGCUCCAUAGACAUUUAUAAUUGAUGUCUCUUUUGGUAUCGUUUCAAUGUGCAGAAACACGAGAAGACCUAGACAAAUGGAGAAAAAAAAACCAGAUUGACAAUGUUUAACGCUCUCUCCGGCCCUUUUAUCGAAGGAUAGCUUUAAAGUAGGCUAUACGUGUGAUGAAAGGUGAAAUUGCAAUUUGGUACUAUUCAUACCGAGAUUCAGUCCACAUCCACGAAGCUAUACACAUGCGCCCCAAAUGAAGUGUGAGUGUUUAUGGAUGUAUGUGUGUGUGUGAGUGUGUGUGAGUGUGUGUGUGUGUAUGAGCGUGUGUGUAUGUGUUGGUGAAUGGUUUGUAUAGGUGCAAGCAUUUAAAACCAAUCCGCUCCUUUGCUAAUUUGUAUCCUUAGAAGAAAAGGAAAAAAAAUCACAUCCAAGAUGGUGAAAGGAAGUGCUCACUUAGAAAAAAAAAAAUAAAAGAAGGAAAAAAAACAUCAACAAAACCACAAUACCUAAUUCGCUUCACAACACACUCACCACGAUUGAAAGGAACUCAUCCCGCUAGUAACGUACGAUUAAAAUUUCCAGUUCACAACCGCGACGCUGUAAACGAGCUAGUUAGUAGUAACGAAGUGUAUGCGCGUAUUUCUACACAUACGCAAACACACACACACACACAUACAUACACACAGUUACAGAUACACCAAGAAGAAGAACAAAACGAAUAUUACUGUACUGUACACAUCUACAGUAUCGCGGAUAGGAAAAGUAGCCGCUCCAUCACAUACCCCAUCACACACGCUUGCUAAAAGGUGUAGCAAGCAAGUGAAAGUUGCACAGAGCGAACGGGCAAAGCAAAGGGCAGCGCAGGGUAUGGCAGCAAGGAGGAGAAAUAUAAACACAAAACAACCAACAUAUUAUAAAUCGAUGCGGGAGACAACUUUGGGGAACACGAAAAGAUCGUAGCUAUCUAACAUAAAUAUUUAACAGAAAAGCAAAAAAAAAAAAAUAGAACCAGCAGCAUGAGAGAGAAAAAGAAAGAGAAAGAGAGAGAGGAGAGAGAGAGAAAGAGAGAGAGAAUAUAAAUAAAAUAAAAGUGAACCGAUGAAUCUAUGACCAGGGGCGCAGUGAAAACCAAACGAAACGGAAUAAAAACAAGAGUAGAAACACACACACACACACACACACACACACACACACACACACACACACACACACACACACACACACACACACACACACACAACCAAACAGAAGAAGUGACGUUUUAAAUGAUUUUGCAGUCCUUGCACAGGUGUUGCAUCGCUUAGCCAGCGCAGCGCAGAGAAAGACAGAAGGGCAAACGAAAAAAAAAAAAACCAAAACAAAUAGAACUAAAAAAAAACUAUCGAAAUAACCAAACAAAAACAUAAUUUCAACAGAACCACAGAACAUUCAGUGCACGACGGCACGAUUACCAAACAGGUGACACACUCCAUACCCCAUAGAAAACCGUGGAUGUGGAAAAGUGUGGCGUUUGGGGGGAUGGGAGGGGGCGAGAGGUGGAACUGGAUGGCGAAACCGGGACCGAUUUAGCGUGCCCCCCCCCUCCCCAUUUCGGCAAGAUAUGGUUUUCUAUAGUUUCCAGUUUCGAAUGACAAUCAGCCCGACGAAGCUAGGUUCAGUUUCAUGAUAUGCUUUGCUAUUUGUUUUAUGUGUAUGUGUGUAUGUGUGCGUGUAUAUAUAUAUACAAUCUAUCUUUUGAAUUGCGCGCCUUUUUCGCCUGUUACGAUUUUUUUUUUACCCGUCUUAUUUGAUUCGAAAUCUUUCCGCUGGCUUUUUUUUUCUUACAGGAUUAUUUUGUUUGCUGUUCGCGGUUGUUGGGUAUUGUUUGUUUCCUCUUUUUCCCCUGUUUUAUUGGCUUACAUGCAGGCUGUUUUGUUCGCUCAUCGUUACAGGGUGGAGGAGUCUCGUACGUGUUUGUGUGUUUUUGUUUUAAUUUUUAUAAUUGCGUCCAAAACUUAAGUCAUCGGUGGCAUGGUUGGCAUGCAUUACUGUGGAGGUUCCGUUUUUUGUUUUGUUUUCCCUUUCCUUGUUUACUGUGAUUCUGCGGCGGCUUGUGUUGCACGGAUAAGCUGUUCAAAUGGAUUUGAUCCAUCCUCGAAACCCAAGUGUUCGAUCGUGUGUCUACGUGGGCGAGUGUGUACGAGUAUGGAUGUGAGAGAAGAAAAAAACAAAUGGACGAAACUGUUUUCAUUUACUCUAACUUUGUAUCAACUUAUUUAAUGCUAAACGUUACGUCAGGUUCUUUGCGCUGUGGUAUUACUAAAACGUUAAAAUUAUACCCGAAAACAAUAGAUUAAACGCGGGGGGUGCAAGAAGUGAGAAUAACAUACCAACUAUAAAUGGCAGCCGAAAUUAUAAUGUGAAAGACAACUAAAUGCAUACGCUCAGCAAUACGGAUUAAGUGUAACAACUAAUUAACACCACCUUCUUGUCGUUGUUGUAUUCUAAUGCAGUAAAAACGUGUGAGAGGAUUGAAGAGAUUGAGUGACACAACAACAAAAAAAAAACGAUUAAAUAAGCAAAGGAACAAACGAAAACUAAACAACAAACUCAAUAAAAGGUAACAACAAACAUCAAUACAGCAAGAGUGAACGCUCUCCUGUCAUAUAAACACACGCGCCCGCACCACAGUGCACCAAGCUAUAGGAGUAAACAAAUCUGUUAGGUUGCUUGGAAAAGGAAACACAAAAAUAGACACUUAUGGAUAUAUAUAUAUAUAGGCUGUACACAGGUACACACAAAAUCAAGAAAAUACAAAACCUAUCUACUAUUCAAACAAACCAAAUCCUUGAAAGAGAAUCUCAACGCAGUACCGGAUGAAACAGAACACUAACGAAAGGUAGGAAGAGAUUAGUAGGAAAAAAGAUUUAACAAAAAAACAAAAGAAAAGAAAAGAAAACAGAUCAAAUGACAUGUAAAUCUUGCAAAUUUGUAGUUUAAAACAAUGGCAAUGCCAAACCAGCAAACCAAAAGGCGGGAAACGAAUACUUAUUCCCGGUGUUUUCCCCCCCCUGUUUACGUUUCUCAUCCUUUCUCCUUACAUUUUAGUUCCUUUUCUCUCUUUCUUUUUUAAACAAUAACAUAUUAUAAUCUCCCCGUUUUUAUUCCUUACUCCUGUCAAAACGGACAAACACAUAUAUCAACUUAUUGAACGUGUGUUUACAGGAGUGAACGGACGUUCAAGCGAAAAGAGACCGGAAUGGGGGAGCCGCAUGGGAGUAAGGAACGGUGGAUUUUUGUGCAAAAAAUUGGUGCAUUUUGCAAACCCACAAUGUACGUUUUAAUUUUCUCCCGAAUGGAGGAAUAUACGUGCGUGUGGGGCAGUAUUUGUUAGCAACAAAGGACGUAUGAACAACUAACUUAAACUGAAUUUAAAUAACAUAUAUCUGACCUAAAAAGAGGAAUGAUAGCAAACAACAACAAAAAAAAGAAAAGAAAAAAAGAAAGAGAGAGAGAACAUACAUAAAAGAAAGUAGCAACACACAAACAAGGAGAAUAACACACAAGCAAAUUUAAGAAUUGGUAAGGGCACGGAACACAAGAACACGAAUGUAGGUACAAACAUAUGUAUGUACGGCCUUGCAUGCAUGUAUAUAUGUAUGUAUGUAUGUAUAAUAUCGCGUCACUGUGCUGUAUUUAAAUUAAUGUAACUUAUUUCACCGGUUUGUUUCCAAACUUUCUCAUUUUCUUUUGAGAGCUAUUGCAAAGCGAGCAAAAGAAAAGCGGAAGAAGAUAACGCAAGGAAACACAUUAGAAGCAAACAAACCGAGCAAAAAAAGGAUGGGAGAAGGAGGAGAGGAAGUAACAUGCUAAACAAAGCAAGCAUAUUUAGAAACAUUAGAUAGAAACAUAGAAUUAUUUGUAUCUCAUCCCCUCUCCCUUUCCCCAUUGUGAAAUUGUGCAACAUUUCUCUCUCUCUCUCUCUCCUUCUUGAUGGCACACUAGCAGGGCGCCUCCUUCGGUGCAGGAAAUCGAUUAUAGUGUGUGUGUGUGUGCUCUCACUCCCACAUUCAGUAAGUGAUGUAACGAGACGAAAUAAAAAAAAAACAGAAAACAAAAUAAACUGCAGAGCAAACGUAAACGCAAAGCAAACGAACAUGUAUUCACGAAAAACUUCGUUUUUCAUUCGUCUCUUCUUUCUUGUGACGUUGCAAAUCCAGAUUAAAGAAACACGGAAAAAAUAGUAAUGGAAAAUAAGUAACAAAUAGAUGGAGCAACAUAACGAUAGACAAGUCUUGAACGAUUGAUCAGCAGCAAUAGGGACAGUUACACAGCUACACAACAGUAACAGAAAACAUAAACCCGGACACGGACGGCUCUGACACACUCAGCUGCAUCCUGUGACUCGUAAUUACGAACAGAAAUGGUCAAAAAUAAGGCGUUUCCAAACGGGAUGCGAUAAAGAGGGGGUACACAUAAAGGAUAAAGAGGGUACACAAACAUACAAAUAAAUGAGAUGUAACGUGCAAGAAGAUAAGAUUACCAAAAAAUAAUUUUAAGUAUUUAAGGGAUAAAGGAGAUAACAAAAAAAAGGAAGAAAAAACACAUACACGAGUAAAACAAAACAAAAAAAGAAACUAACAAACGAAACAGAUAGUUCGCAAGCCAUAAUUACCGCAUAAUAAAUGCAUAAUAGCGCAAAAGAAACACAAACACAGAAACAGCUAGAGCGAAAGCGAAAAUGCAAAAUGAGUAAAACAGAUGAAGAAAGAGUGAAAGGGAGGGAGAUAGCGAGAGAGAAUGAGCAGCAUUAUGACACACACGUAAAAUAACCAUCGUUUACGCAGAACAACAAAAGGUAUGCGUGUAUGCUUAACACGAAGAGUGAACCAUUGGAACAGAAAACGAAAUAAAUAGUGAGGAGGAAGAGAAAGAGAGGGAUAAAGAGAGAAAAAGCGAGAGCGAGAGUGAGAGAGGAGAGAGAGAGAGAGACAGUGGUAGAAAGACAGUGCGAAAGAGAGAGAGAGAGAGAGAGGCCGAGAUAGAGAGACAAAAGAAGAAGAAGUGUAACGAAGAGCACGAAAGAGAAGCAUACAUUAAAUGACUUCGAAUAAUUGCAAUGAUAGUUACGAGAGACAAAAAGAAAGAAGAAAGCAAACAACAAAAAAGGAAAGAUAAAACAAAAAAAAACAAAAGUACGCCUAUCGUAGAUUUGUGCUAACUACAAGUAUAUAAAUCACUAAAACAUUAGGCAGCGAAACUAAUAUUUCCAAGAGGUAAAUCUAAAAAAUUAAUUUAACUAAGGCAACACGUCAUAACAGAUUAUGCCACUAAUCGUUUGUUAUUAUGUUUGUUACUGGGGUAAAAUAUAAUCAAUCACAUCCUUCGACUA